AUGGACCGCUUAAAGCGAAAAAAGAAGGAAGAAGAAGAAGCAAUGUUAACUAAAGCCUAUGAACAAUUUCGCGAAGCAUUUGAAGAUUCUCCGAGUACAGCUGGUGGAAAAUCAUUUAUACGUGGUGCUGUUGUAAACGCUAAUAAAGUUGUCGAAGAAUCAAAUAAAAACGCAUCUGUAUAUAAACCGAAGGUUGACCUAAUCAAAAAGCCAGUAACUGCGAAUUCAUUCGAACAAGCGAAAAAGAUUGCCGAAGAAAAAGCGCGUCGAAUGAUGGAGGAAGCUCGAAAGUCAAAUCCAACGGUUGCUCGACCACCUCGACCAGGCAAGGUUCAGCCGAAGAGUCGCACUAGCAAUCUAGAAGCAUUCAAAGAAGAAUUGAAGAGUAUGCAAGAGGAACGAGAACAGCGUCGAACGCUUCGUUCACAAAUGGAAAUGAUGGGUGUAGAAAAAGAAGUACUUGAUCGCAUUGCUCCACUGAUCGACAAUCCAUAUCUGCAUGGCACUGGUGAAUAUGAUAACGAUCCAAAUACAACAAAUAUCUAUGUUUCUAAUCUCUCUCUCGAUGUAUGUGCGCUUUUAUCGAAAAUUAUUAAAAUCGAAGAUCUUUACAAUACUUUUGGUACUUUUGGUCCUUUAGCGUCUGCGAAAAUCCAUUUUCCUCGGGAGGAAGAACGUAAACGAGAUCAUUUAUGUGGUUUCAUCGCAUAUAUGGUGCGUAAGGAUACUGAUCGCGCAAUGGCUGGAAUGCAAGGGCAAAUUAUCAAAGGUUGCGAAGUUAGAUUGUCGUUAGCGAAACCUGUAAAUAUUCCGAGCCAGCCUGUUUAUGUGCCACCAGCCCUGGCCGAGUUUGCUAUGCCCGAUCCACCUACUGGCUUGCCAUUUAAUGCUAAACCGAAGAAAGAAGAUCUAGAUGCGGUUAUGGCUAAAUGUCAUCUACCUCGACCUGGCGAUCCUCCUCCUGAGCCCGGUAAUGGCAAAGAAGAAUAUGACAAGAUGCUCAGGAACGCCGUCGUGCGCGUAGUGGUCCCCACAGAAAGUAUGAAAAAUGGGAAAUACGGGAACGUAUAUUUUUAUUGUUCGUUUUCUCAGAAUAAUAUGAAAAUGUGUGAGAACACUUUAUUUAGAAGUCUUCUGGCGAUCAUACAUCGAAUGAUUGAAUUUAUAAUACGAGAAGGACCACUUUUUGAAGCGAUGUUAAUGACUCGUGAACGGCAUAAUCCCCUUUAUAGAUUUUUGUUUGAUAACCACCAUCCUGCUCAUGUAUAUUAUCGAUGGAAAUUAUUUUCAAUGCUACAAGGCGAUAGCACUCAAAGUUGGCAUUUAAAAAAGUUUCGUAUGUUUGAUGAGGGAAGCUGGUGGCAACCUCCACCGAUGGAUUUAAUGCGAUCUGGUAUGCCGAAAUGUUUAUACCAUACAGCGUAUAAAGGAAGUGAACCCCCUGUUAAAACAGCCCCAAAAGUGCGAAAGCGGAAAUAUACCAGCAGUGAAGAAGAGGAUGAAGAUAGAAAAGCUGAAGUAAAAGCGAAAUGGCGUGGCGUACUCAGCACAGCGGAACGAGAUCAGCUAGAGGAUAUACUACGAGGGUUACUGCCAGAAAAAAUGUCAAUUGCUGAUGCAAUGGUUUGGUGUGCUGACCAUGCAAGUUGUGCCAAAGAAAUUACGCAAUGCUUAUAUGAAUCGCUUACCAUAGAUGAAACACCACUGCAUAAAAAGAUUGCUCGUCUUUAUUUAAUUUCUGAUAUAUUAGCGAAUUGCGCAGCGCGCGUUCGUGAUGUCUUUUAUUAUCGGCAAUACAUCGGUGAUUUAUUGUCAGAUAUCUUUAAGGAAUUGAAUAAAACGUAUGAAUCGAUAGAAGGACGUUUGAAAGCUGAACAGUUCAAACAGCGUGUUAUGUUAUGUUUUCGAACGUGGGAAGACAAUUCUAUUUAUCCGACUGAAUUCCUUAUACAGCUUCAGAAUUUGUUUCUUGGACUUAUGAAAGAAGAGAACGGUUCUGAUGAAGAUAUUGAUGGCGCACCAAUUGAUGAGAAUAUGGAACAAGGAACUUGUAAGAAAGAAUCCAUAUUCGAUGAUGACGAUGAUGAUAAUGAUGUUGAUGAAGAUAUCGAUGGUGUUCCAAUGGAAGAAAGUGUUGCUGAAGAGAAACCCGCCCCUAAAAAAGUUGCUGCGUUCAAAACAAGUCAAUGGAAUACGGUUGAUCCAUCCGUGGUAGCAAGUCAGGCAGUGACAACGAGCAAAUGGGAUUUGUUGGAAAAUGGUAAAGAUGAUGAGGACGAUGAAAUGGGUGAACUGAAAGAUUCAGAAGAUAUCGAUGGCGCACCUAUAGAUGACGAUAAUCCAUGUAGUGAGGAUGGUGAAUGCCCUGACGAUGAUGAAGAUGAUGAUUACAUGCAAGCGGAAUCAAGUGCGCAGAAAUCAAUGAGUAUAUCAUCAAUGAAACUUGAUGAAGAACGGCGUAAAAUAUUGCGUGAAAUUGAAGUAAAAGUUGUUAAAUAUCAAGAUGAAUUAGAACAGGAACAUUCUGGUGAUGUUGUUGUUCAAGUGGAAAAAUACCGUGCAUCGCUACUGAAGAAAAUGGAGGAAAAAUUGGAUUAUCUAAAUGAUUUUAAAGAUAAAAAGAAAAAGACGAAAGAUCGAAGGUCAAGAAGUAGAAAAUUAGAAGAUGUUAAAGAAGAUAGAAACAGCAGAGCGAAAUUUAGAAGUGAAAAUGAAAGAAUUCGAGAUAGAGAUCGUGUUGAUAUGGAUAAAAGCAGAGAUCGGAUGAAUUCUUUGGAGCAUUACGUGGGCUCAGUGGAAUUUCUGAGAAUGCUAAUGUUGUGUAACAGGUUUUGGGGAAGUGGUGACAGGUUUUGGAAGGCAAAGGAUCGCGGCGGUCGCGACAAAAUGCGUGUUCGUGAGCGAUCAAGGUCAAAGUCAAGAGAUCGACGUUAUCGACGUGAAAAGACUCCUGAAAGGAGAAGACGAUGA